AUGGAAGGGACAGAACCCUCCAAUUUAAAACCAGCGGCCAGCUCAUUCACUCCCGCUGCAGCUGAGCAUGAAGAUGCCUCAGCAAAAGCAGCAGAAUCAGCGGCAGAUAAACCUGGUUGUGCUACGCGCGCUGCUGCGGGCGGCUCCGCGGGAACAUCGGAAGCCCGAGUGAGACGCUUUACGGGGAGCCUCUCUACAGUUUUCCUGCUGCUUCACAUUCACUUGCUUCCUGUCGAGCAAGAGCUGCCGAGGCAGCGGUUGAAGGAUGUGCGUGCGGAUGCAGCAGCAAUAACGCGCAGCUUCACUGCUGCUCUGCUUCACCACACCGGACUGGUGGGAGUUGCUUUGUUGCCGUUUAAAGUCUUGAGCUAUGAUUCAAGGCUUUCCCUUUCGGUUGUGAAGACGGACUCAGUCUCUGCGCCGGCGCUGAUUCUUGCGGCAGCCAACAUCCACUCCCUGCGAGCAGUUGCUGCCGUGAGGAGCAGCACCAGCGUCACUGUGCCGUGCUUUGUGACGCUGGUGAGGACGGCAGCCUGUCUACACGGGCUGGCUUGCCCGAGGAGACCCACCGCAAUGCUGCUGAUGCACGAAGAUCCCGACGAACGCAGCUGCAGCCGCAGCAGCGGGAGCUUGCCGCACCAGCAGCAUGCAUGA